GCCUGCGAGCCGGAUGCGGUGCGUGGACGAAAGAUGCAUCAUGGAAUGAACCCGAGCCCGGGAGACGGAUUUCUGGAGCAGGAGCAGCAGCCGCCGCCGCCGCAGCCGCCGCCCCCCCGCAGGCUGCUGGCCGCCGUCCUGUGGAUCCAGCUGGCGCUGUGCUUCGGCCCCGCACAGCUCACGGGCGGGUUCGAUGACCUUCAGGUGUGCGCUGACCCAGGUGUCCCCGACAAUGGCUUCAGGACGCCCGUCGGAGGGGGUUUCCUUGAAAGCUCUGUCACCCAGUUUCACUGUCAAGACGGGUUCACGCUCAAGGGCCCUACAAAGAGACUGUGUGUGAGACAUCUUAAUGGAACCCUCGGCUGGAUCCCCAGCGAUAAGCCCUUCUGUGCGCAAGAAGAUUGCCAUAUCCCUCAAAUUGAAGAUGCUGAGAUUCGUAACAAGACGUACAGACACGGGGACAAGCUGAUCGUCGCCUGUCACGAAGGGUUCAAGAUCCGCUACCCCGACCUGUACAAUAUGGUUUCGCUGUGCCGCGAUGACGGGACAUGGGACAACCUGCCGCUCUGUCAAGGCUGCCUGAGACCUCUCGCCUCUUCCAAUGGCUACGCGAACAUCUCCGAGUUGCAGACCUCCUUCCCCGUGGGGACAGUCAUCUCCUACCACUGCUUCCCCGGAUACAAGCUGGAGGGGGCCGAGCGCCUCGAGUGCUUGCACAGCCUCAUCUGGUCGACCAGCCCGCCCCGGUGCCUCGCUCUGGAAGUGUGCCCACUGCCUCCGACGGUGAGUCACGGCGAUUUCAUCUGCCACCCGCGGCCUUGUGAGCGCUACAACCACGGGACCGUGGUGGAGUUUUACUGCGACCCCGGCUACAGCCUCACCAGUGAUUACAAGUACAUCACCUGCCAGUACGGGGAGUGGUUUCCCUCCUACCAGGUCUCCUGCAUCAAGUCAGAGCAAACGUGGCCCAGCACCCACGAGACCCUCCUGACCACGUGGAAAAUCGUGGCGUUCACGGCGACCAGCGUGCUGCUGGUGCUGCUGCUGGUCAUCCUGGCCAGGAUGUUCCAGACCAAGUUCAAGGCCCACUUUCCCACCAGGGGGCCUCCUCGGAGUUCCAGCAGCGACCCGGACUUCGUGGUGGUGGACGGCGUGCCUGUCAUGCUUCCAUCCUACGAUGAGGCUGUGAGCGGUGGUGUGAGGGCAUCAGGCCCUGGGUACCUGGCCUCCGUGGGCCAGGGCUGCCCCUUGCCUGUGGACGACCAGAGCCCCCCGGCAUACCCCGGCUCAGGGGACACGGACAUGGCCCCAGGGGGGUCAGAUCGCUGUGACGGCGGCUCAGGCUCUUCUGAGCUGCUCCAGAGCCUGUAUUCGCCUUCCUUGUGCCCGGGGCGCUCACGCUCCGACAGCGCUGACACGGGGGCCUGCACCGCGGGAGAGGCGGCGUCCACCAGCCCGGGCAUCGACAUCGCAGACGAGAUCCCGUUAAUGGAAGAAGACCCAUGACCAGAAAAGCCACGAAGAUUCUCCUGCCCCUGCGGGGCUGGGAACCACACCCCUCGGUGUGAGGCCCCAGAGGGACAGAGCGUGGGGGGUUUCUAGCUUACCUACACAGGGACCGUGACGCGCAUCCUGCAUCUCGGGCUCGACUUUGCGGCUGGUAGCAGCUUGCACCACACGUGCAGGGAACAGGGACGAGGGGGCCUGGGCGCUCCUUGUGAAGGGGUCCAGUGCAUCCUUGCCGCAGAGCGGGGCGGCUCCACACGUGUCCCGCUGAACCCCGCGUCCCGUGACUUGUGCUGCGGGCACUGCCUACUGCCUCUGCAAGCAUGCCCCCCACCUAUUCGCCCUGCGGUCUGCUCCACACAACGUGGCCGCCGUGUGGAAGGCUCCCGGGUGCAUGGGGGCCGUCUCCUUGAUCCGGACACGGUACUCAACAUGGGAGAGAGGAAAGGAAGGACACGGGCAGACUCUGCUCCCUGGAAGUUGGUUCACAAGUGCAGUUGAUGAGCUCUGAGCCAGGAGAAACACAGUGGUUUUCUGUGUCACAGGCUGGCGCACGGAUCGUGCUCCGGGUAAGUCUCAUGACUUUGCGGAUGGUCGAAUGUGCUCACGCGCAUCUCCUGGUGGACAGAGUUACAAGGUAACGUUCUGUUUGGCGUUUUAAGGUGUCCCUUGACCAUGUGUCUCGAGAGUCGCGAGUCCCCCAUCACCUCUAAUGAUGUUGCCCCCCACUCCCAGAAUGCAGCCAUACGUUUAUUUUGCAAAACAGAAAUCGUUUCUGUAAACAUGCUCCUCCAAAUAAAGUACGAGGCUGGAUUUUUUCUUUGCUUUGUCCGCCGAGCGCCCAGGCCGGCCUCCAGGCCCAGACGGCUCUCCGCUCUCCCCUCCAGCCGCUCCUACCGCGAGGGCCUCCCUGGGCCCACCGGGUGCUGUUCCUAAGAAAAUGAUUGACAAAAAUGUUUCCCAAGUCCUGAAGUGUCUCCUCAAACACAUGUUGAUCUGUGGAUUUGAUUUCUCUCCUCCUCUGGGCUUUAGGCAAAUAUAAACAAAACUCUGAUCCAUAAAAUUGCUACAUCGAUGGAGCGCGAGAAGCUUGGUCAAAUCCUGUUUUAUGCUGACACAGACUGAUUAAAAAUUAAAACCAAAUGACAGUUUGAAGCGUGGCUUUAACUGUGGAGUCGGGCAGGUAGACGAGGGGCAGUGACCCCCGUGAAUGGGGGCUGAAGGCGGCAGCUGCGAGGUGCCCGCCGAGCUGGCCUGGGCAGCAGCUCCGCGGCAGCAAGAGCACCGGGCGUGAGGAGCAGUGUUUAGUCCUGAGAACUCAGGCGGGACACUGCAUCACAAGCUGCAUGGAAGGAGCUGGUUUUCAUGUGUGUUUGUGCUUAAAUGUCACCUGGCCUGCCAGGAGUCAGGGCAUGGGCGGCUGGGGGAGGUAGUCCAGGGUCCACAGUGGGCAGCCUCCUCCAGGCAGCCGCCCCAGGAGCCAGGCCUUGCCCACGCCUGC